CGGUCAGUAGCGUUCUAUGCGUGGAAGCUUCUCUUGCUGGAACAAUUUCAGAAUUCCGGCCAAAGACUUACGAUAGCAAGGAAGCUCAAUUGCGUGCACUGAUUGAGUCGAAUCAAACAGCUGACGUUACCAAACUCAUCAAGGAUGGUGUCAAUGUGAAUUUCAAGUAUGAAGAUGGCUCAUAUCCGAUAUUUGCUGCAGUAUAUUCUGGUGAUUUGGAUAUUGUGAAGUUGUUGAUUGAAAAUGGAGCGGAAGUCAAUCGAAAAGAUGGUUCUAAUCGAACAGCACUUCACUAUGCUGCCUUGGAAGCUAGACCAGAUAUCAUAAAUGUUCUCAUUGAAAAUGGGGCUACAGUCAAGAAUAAUCCAGCGUUGCUGCAUUGGGCCGUUAAAGGAGGUAGUGUAUAUGUUAUCAAGCUGCUGAUUGAAAAGGGAGCCAAUGUCAACGAUAACCAGGCAUUACUGCAUUAUGCGAUAAAUACCGGUCAUCCGGAAAUCGUAAAAGUUCUGAUUGAAAAAGGAGCAAAUGUUAAUGUUAAAUGUCGUAAUCAAAUGACACCCCUAAUUGUAGCAGUUAUGAAAGGUGAUAUAGACAGUGUUAAACUGAUUCUUGACCAUGGAGUUGAGAAAAUUGAUGACACCGACAAAGAAAGACACACGGCACUUUUAUACGCAUCUUCGAGUGGCAAUAAAGAAAUGUCGAAAUUACUCAUUCAAAAUGGAGCCAACAUGUUUGCUGCCGGAUUGGCGCAAUUCACAUUCUACAAAUGGGCCGAAGAGGACAGCUUUUUCUUGGAACAUCUCAAAGAAGAUAUCAUUGAAGUUAAUGAAAUGGAACAGAAGAAAAAAGCUGGAGCUACGUAAUCAGGAGACCUGAUAUGAAUUCCAAUUAGGAAUUCGGCGUACUAGACAAAAUCAACAGUAUAUCUAAGUUAGCCUAACCCUAACCGAAGUUUGAUUGUUCACAAAUCUAUUCAUUAUACUUAUGUACAUUAUAAUUAUUUCACGAUAUGAAAAACACUUCUUUCAUUCUUCAUGCCGUUUAAUACCCUAAUUUUGUGAAAUCUGGUUUCAAUAACCUCCAAACACCCAUGAUUUUAAUCUUAAUGUUAUCUAAAAAUAUUUGGCUUAUUAAACAUGACACUCAAAACAUGGACUAAAGAUUGAUCAGAUGAAAAACCUCUAGACGAGGUUAAAAUGGAGUGACCCUUCUGUGCGUGGAUUUACCACUCAAAAUGACUGAUAUCAUUUUGAGUGACGCUUUGACGCUGUAUAAUACAUAAUUGUGACAAUAUAAAUGACGUUGCUGCGAAAUAUACUGGAAUGUGGAAAUGUCAUAGUCAUGUGUUCAUAUUUUUGACAUUUGACAUUUGACAUUUGGACAUAGAAGCAACGAUUUGCAACCAUUAUCAUUUCGUAUUUAUUUUUAGAUGCUACAAUACGAUAGCAAUGCU